UCGCUAGGGUGGCGUUGGGCCGACGCGGGCGCUCAGUUGACUGCAGCUACUCCGCUCCCCAUCCCCCGCCCCGCGCGGCUGCCAGUCGCUUCGCAUAGGGCUGGAUGGUUGCAUCGAGCAGGGUGGCUCCAGGAUGUUAGGGGCUGUGAAGAUGGAAGGGCACGAGAGCAGCGACUGGAACAGCUACUACGCCGACACACAGGAGGCCUACAACUCGGUCCCGGUCAGCAACAUGAACUCGGGCCUGGGCACCAUGAAUUCCAUGAACACUUACAUGACCAUGAACACCAUGACCACAAGCGGCAACAUGACCCCGGCUUCGUUCAACAUGUCCUACGCAAACCCGGGCCUUGGCGCCGGCCUGAGCCCCGGGGCGGUGGCUGGCAUGCCGGGCGGCUCUGCGGGCGCCAUGAAUACCAUGACGGCGGGCGUGACGGCCAUGGGGACGACGCUGAGCCCAGGCGGCAUGGGGGCCAUGGGCGCGCAGCCCGCGGCCUCCAUGAACGGCCUGGGCCCCUACGCCGCUGCCAUGAACCCGUGCAUGAGCCCCAUGGCGUACACGCCGUCCAAUUUGGGCCGCAGCCGGGCUGGUGGCGGCGGAGACGCCAAAACUUUCAAGCGCAGCUACCCACACGCCAAGCCGCCCUACUCGUAUAUUUCCCUCAUCACCAUGGCUAUCCAGCAGGCGCCCAGCAAGAUGCUCACACUGAGCGAGAUCUACCAGUGGAUCAUGGACCUCUUCCCCUAUUACCGGCAGAACCAGCAGCGCUGGCAGAACUCCAUCCGCCACUCGCUUUCCUUCAACGACUGCUUUGUCAAAGUGGCCCGCUCCCCGGACAAGCCGGGCAAGGGUUCCUACUGGACGCUGCACCCGGACUCCGGCAACAUGUUCGAGAACGGCUGUUACUUGCGACGCCAGAAGCGCUUCAAGUGCGAGAAGCAGCCAGGCACCGGGGGCGGGAGCGGCGGCGGCGCCAAGGGAGGCCCUGAGAGCCGUAAGGACCCUUCGAGCGCUGCCAACCCCAGCGCCGACUCGCCCCUUCGUCGGGGCGUGCACAGUAAGGCGGGCCAGCUAGAGGGCGCGCCGGCCCCCGGGCCCGCUGCCAGCCCCCAGACUCUGGACCACAGCGGGGCGGCGGCGACAGGGGGCGCCUCGGAGUUGAAGACUCCGGCCUCCUCGGCUGCACCUCCGAUCAGCUCCGGGCCUGGGGCGCUGGUAUCUGUGCCCCCCUCCCACCCGGCGCAUGGCCUGGCACCCCACGAGUCCCAGCUGCACCUGAAAGGGGACCCUCACUACUCCUUCAACCACCCUUUCUCUAUCAACAACCUCAUGUCCUCCUCGGAGCAGCAGCACAAGCUGGACUUCAAGUCAUACGAGCAAGCACUACAGUACUCGCCCUAUGGCACCGCAUUGCCCGCCAGCCUACCCCUCGGCAGCGCCUCGGUGGCCACGAGGAGCCCCAUUGAGCCCUCAGCCCUGGAGCCAGCCUACUACCAAGGUGUGUAUUCCAGACCCGUUCUAAACACUUCUUAG